CACAUUUUACGUUCAAAUUUAAGAAUUGCAAAUUUUUAAGUUUAUUCAUUGUAGAGAAAAAAAAUAUAAUAGUCACACAUUGUUUUAAAUUCUCGACAAUUAGUGCACUUACCCUACACCUGGUUUAUUUGCCACUGGUAAAAUAUAAACAGAAUGUUGAAGGAGAUUCACUGAAGGAAGACAACAUUUUUUUCAAAGCAACAAUGGAAUUAUCGACAUUGUCAUGGAUUUUAUACGGAGUAAUUAUUUUCACAACAUUUAUUAUAACAAUUCUCUAUUUUUAUAUGACGAGAAAUUUUAAAUAUUGGAAAAAAAGGGGCGUUAAAGAAAUUUCACCAACACCAUUUGUUGGGAGUUUUGGAAAAUAUUUUAAACAUGAAAAAUCACCUGGUGCAUUGUUUAAAUAUUUUUAUGAUCAAAAUCAAGAUUUACCUUAUGUAGGAAUUUACAUUUUGGAUAAACCAUGUCUUUUAAUACGUGAUCCUGAAUUAUUGAAACUAAUUCUCAUAAAAGAUUUUAAUUACUUUUCGGAUAAAUUUAUGCAUUCGAGCAAAAAAGACAUUAUCAGCAAUAAUAGUUUAUUUUUUAUCGAAAAUCCCUAUUGGAAAUAUGUAAGGCAAAAAUUUACUGCUCUAUUUACAACUGGAAAAAUGAAGAGUAUGUUUGAUAAUGUGCGAGAAGUGGGAAAUGAUCUUGAUAAUUAUUUGGAUACUCUCGAGUUGGAAGGUUCUGGUAAAUCGGUAAACAUUACAGAACUCGCUGGUAAAUUUACAACCGAUUUAAUAGGACAAGCAACGUAUGGAUUAAAAUUAAAUAGUUUGAAAAAUCCAAAUGCUGAAUUUCGUAAAUUUGGAAGAGCAAUGUUUGGCACUUAUAAUUUUAAAAGAGCUGUUGAACUCGCCACUGUUUGGCUUGCACCAGAUUAUACAACUUUGUUUGGAUUUCGAUUUUUUCUAAAAAGUGCAGCAAAUUUUUUUCGAACAGCUUUUCAAGAUAUUUUAGAUGAACGUAAAAAGUCAAAGUUGAAUCGAAACGAUUUUAUUGACCUCAUGAUUCAACUACGAGAUAAUGAGAACAAUAAUUUAAAUUCAAAUUUAUUUAAAUUUCAAGGAGACAAUUUAUUAGCCCAAGCUCUUACGUUAUUUGCAGCCGGUUACGAUACAUCAUCGUCAACCAUGAGUUUUGCUUUAUUUGAAUUGGCAAAAAAUCAGGAAAUGCAAUUGAAAUUAAGAGCAGAAAUAAACGAAGCUAUUAAAAAAAAUAAUGGACAAAUAACAUAUGAAAUUACAUCAGAUUUGGAAUAUUUGGAUAUGUUUAUUUCAGAAAUUCUUCGAAUGUAUCCGACAUUACCCUUUGUCGAUCGUAAAACGACAAAAAAUUAUAAAAUUGAAAAAACUGGACUUGUUAUUGAAAAAGGAACGCCAAUAUUAAUUCCAAUGCUUGGCUUUCAUUAUGAUCCGAAAUAUUUUCCCAAUCCUCACAAUUUUAAUCCGGAAAGAUUUUCAAGUGAUAGAAAAUCGUCGAUUAAUCCCUAUGUUUAUCUUCCAUUUGGAAUUGGUCCAAGAAAUUGUAUUGGAAUGCGACAAGGUCUCUUACAAACAAAACUUGGGAUAAUUUUCAUUAUUUCAAGAUUUGAGAUGUCAUUGUUAGAAAAUACUUGUAUAAAAUUUGAUAAAUUAUCAGUGCUGAGUUCAUCGAAAGGGGGUAUAUUUUUAAAUGUCCGAAAACUCGACGAAAAGAACUGAUUUUUUUUUACAAUUUAGUAUAAUUAUAUGGAAAAAUUAUAUUUAAAGCUAAUAAAGGAACAAGAUGGGAUGCUUAGCGUUUGAAGCUGAAUAAAACUAACAUUAUUAUAUGUAUCUAUAUUUUAUUAUUUAUUAUAAUAAUCAUUAUUGGGAAUCAGUCUUCCAUGGCACCUAGCUAUUUGUUCA